AUGUUGUACGAGCUGAUUGCCAUUGUCCGCCCGGGCAGCCUUAACGAGGUGCGAGAGAUCGCCCGUAAUGCCGGUACCCAAGUGAUCCGCUCCGGCGGCGUCGUCCGCGGAUACACCAACUGGGGUGCCUUCCGCCUCCCCAAGGUCACCACAAAGCACCAGGCCCGAUACACCGACGGCCACCAUUUCAUCAUGCGUUUCGAUUCCUCCGGUGCCGUUCAGUCAUCCAUCCGCCGCACUCUCGGUCUCGACCCUCGUAUGAUCAACUUCUCCGUCGUCAAACUCGGAGAUAAACUUGAUGAGAUCAAGAAUGUCGAGGGCCACGUUAAGUGGAACAACGUUCCUACUAUCAUGGAUCAGGUUCAAGCAUCUGACAGUGCUUAG